AUAAUAUAAAUAAACACUUCUUUGACAUUUGUCCUAGAUCACAUCAUCACAACAACAUCGUUUCAUUUUCCUAAUCCUCACAAAACCUCGAAAUAAUAACCAAAAACUAUGUCUGACGGGAAGAAGAAAGCUUUGUUCAUAUGCCUAGGCAACAUUUGCCGGUCGCCUAUAGCUGAAGGAGUAUUUCAAAAGACGGUUAAUGAUAUGGGCUUAGGGGAUAAAUGGGAGAUUGAUAGUGCCGCUAUAGGGGGCUGGCAUGUCGGCAACCCACCGGACUGGAGGGCUCAGGAUACAUUGAAGAAACAUGAUGUUCCUUACGAUAACACCGCUAGACAGAUCACCUCAGAAGACUUUAACCACUAUGACUACAUCUUUGGCAUGGACGAAGCCAACAUGCGGGACCUGAAGAAGCGAGCACCAAAGGGCUCUAAAGCCAAGUUGUUGAUGUUCGGAGACUUCGAUCCCAAAGGUGAUAGGAUUAUCAGGGAUCCUUAUUAUGACAGUGACUCGAAAGGGUUCGAGAAGUGCUAUGAGCAGUCUGUAAGGUGUGCUAAAGGGUUUCUGGAACAUCUGGAAAAGGAAAAUAAAUAGAAUAUAACUUAAUAUAAGAUUAUAGUGAUUGGCAAAUGUUUUCCAAUCGAAAUCAUAUAUCGGAAAUUAUUCAUAUCUUGUGAAUUUUUAUACGUAAAAGAUUCAAAAGUACAUGAAAAGUACAGUAAUGUAUAAAGUGAAUAAUGUCACGAUACUUAGUAUAAUAACCGUUAUUAAUGUUAUUUUUAUUUUUCAUCACAUCACUAAUUUAAGAGCCUGGCUCUUGUCGAUGUACCUAGUAUGAGAAUUUUAUUGUUAAAUAAAAGAUAAUCAUUCCGAAGUAAA